AUGGAGAAUGCAUUUCUGUAUAGCCCAGCGGAAGCGCUGGGGCAUUUCCAUGUUUCAGAACAUGAUGGUCUCAAUGCCGAUGCCGUGCUUCAGUCCAGAAAGAAGCACGGUCCCAAUGCACUUGCCGAGGAACCGCCUACCCCAAUGUGGGAAUUGAUUUUGGAACAGUUCAAGGAUCAGCUCGUUCUGAUACUACUUGGCUCGGCAGCUGUGUCAUUCGUUCUGGCUCUCUUCGAAGAAGGCGACGACUGGACUGCCUUUGUGGACCCUGUUGUUAUUCUGACCAUUUUGAUCCUCAAUGCGGUCGUCGGUGUCACCCAAGAGAGCAGUGCCGAGAAAGCAAUUGCGGCUCUGCAGGAAUACUCGGCCAACGAGGCCAAGGUUGUGCGUGAUGGAAAGGUUCAAAAGGUCAAGGCCGAGGAUUUGGUGCCCGGUGACGUGAUCCACGUCGCUGUUGGUGACCGAAUUCCUGCCGACUGUCGCUUGCUCUCCAUCCACAGCAACAGCUUCCGUGUGGACCAGGCCAUUCUCACUGGCGAGAGUGAGAGUGUUGGAAAGGAUAUCAGGACUGUGAAGGAUCGUCAGGCUGUCAAGCAGGACCAGAUCAACAUGCUUUUCUCCGGCACUACUGUCGUCACCGGCCAUGCUACAGCGUUGGUUGUGUUGACUGGUGGAUCUACUGCCAUUGGUGAUAUUCACGACAGCAUUACUAACCAGAUUUCCGAGCCUACCCCCUUGAAGCAGAAGCUGAAUGACUUUGGCGACAUGCUCGCCAAGGUCAUCACGGUAAUUUGUGUCCUCGUGUGGCUGAUUAACAUUGAGCACUUCAACGACCCUUCCUUCGGCGGUAGCUGGACCAAGGGUGCCAUCUACUACCUCAAGAUUGCCGUUUCGCUCGGUGUUGCUGCCAUUCCUGAAGGUCUCGCCGUUGUCAUCACUACCUGCUUGGCUCUGGGAACUCGAAAGAUGGCCCAGAAGAAUGCCGUGGUCCGCUCUUUGCCCUCGGUGGAAACUCUGGGUAGCUGCAGUGUCAUCUGCUCCGACAAGACCGGAACCCUGACCACCAACCAGAUGAGCGUGGAGAAGAUUGUGUACGUCAACAGUCUGGGCACCGGAUUGGAGGAAAUUGAAGUCGAGGGCACCACUUUCGCACCCGAGGGCAAGUUGACUCGCAAUGGCAAGGUCGUCGAAAACAUCGCUGCUUCUUCGUCUACUGUCGCUCGAAUCGCAGAAGUCUCGGCGCUCUGCAAUGCGGCUACCCUGGCUUGUGAUGCGAAAUCUGGUGCAUUCUCUAACAUGGGUGAACCCACGGAGGCUGCUUUGCGCUGCCUGGUUGAAAAGAUCGGUACUCCUGAUUCGGCGCUGAACCAGAAGAUCUUCAGCAAGCCAGCUUCCGAGCGUCUCCAUGCCGCCUCUGCAUAUUACGAAUCCCGCUGUGCUCUUCAGGCUACCUACGAAUUCUCACGCGACCGCAAGAGUAUGUCCGUUCUCGUGGGUCAAGGUCACGAUCAAAAGCUGCUGGUCAAGGGUGCGCCCGAAUCGAUCCUGGAGCGCUGUUCCCACAUUCUGCAGGGCUCGGAAGGUUCUCGUGUGUCUAUGACCGCGAGUCACGCGAAGCUGAUCUCCGAAGAGAUUGUCGAGUACGGUAACCGCGGUCUGCGGGUCAUGGCCCUCGCCAGUGUGGACAAUGUUUCUGGAAACGAAUUGCUGAAGACCGCAUCCACCACGGAGGACUAUGCCAAGCUCGAGCAGAACAUGACUCUCAUUGGAUUGGUUGGUAUGCUGGAUCCUCCUCGUCCUGAGGUUGCUGCUUCUAUCCAGAAAUGUCACCAGGCUGGUAUUCGUGUCAUCGUUAUCACUGGCGAUAACCGCAACACCGCCGAGGCCAUAUGUCGCCAGAUUGGCAUCUUUGGACCCAAUGAAGACCUGACUGGCAAGAGUUUCACUGGCCGCGAAUUCGAUAGCCUGAGUGAGUCCGAGAAGAUGAAGGCUGUCCAGACUGCAUCUCUCUUCUCGCGCACGGAACCUAGUCACAAGUCGCAGCUGGUUGAUCUCCUUCAAUCCUUGAACCACGUUGUCGCCAUGACUGGUGAUGGCGUCAAUGACGCCCCCGCUCUCAAGAAGUCUGACAUUGGUGUCGCCAUGGGUACAGGUACCGACGUUGCCAAGCUGGCCGCCGACAUGGUUUUGGCGGAUGAUAACUUUGCCACCAUCACCGUCGCCGUGGAAGAGGGUCGCUCGAUCUAUAGCAACACCCAGCAGUUCAUCCGGUACUUGAUCUCGUCGAACAUUGGUGAAGUGGUCUCCAUCUUCCUCACUGCCGCUCUUGGGAUGCCCGAGGCUUUGGUUCCCGUGCAACUUUUGUGGGUCAACCUGGUCACGGACGGUCUUCCCGCCACUGCCCUCUCGUUCAACCCUGCCGACCAUGACGUGAUGAAGCGUCCUCCCCGUCGUCGCGAUGAGCCUCUCGUGGGCGGCUGGUUGCUGUUCCGUUACAUGGUCAUUGGUACUUACGUUGGUGCCGCCACCGUUUUUGGCUACGUGUGGUGGUUCAUGUACAACCCGGAGGGACCUCAGAUCUCGUAUUAUAAUCUGUCUCACUUCCAUCAAUGCUCCUCGCUCUUCCCCGAGAUUGGCUGUGAGAUGUUCAGCAACGACAUGGCCAAGUCCGCGUCGACUGUCUCGUUGUCUAUCCUGGUUGUCAUUGAGAUGUUCAACGCUAUGAACGCCCUGUCCUCCAGCGAAUCGCUGUUCACGUUCUUCUUGCACAACAACCCGAUGCUGGUCUACGCCAUCACCCUGUCGAUGAUCCUCCACUUUGCCAUUCUCUACAUUCCCUUCUUGCAGACGCUGUUUGCCAUUCUGCCUUUAAACUGGACUGAAUGGAAGGCGGUUCUCGUGAUCAGUGCUCCCGUCAUUGUCAUCGACGAAGGUCUCAAGUUCAUCGAACGCCAAUUGUACAAUACCAAGGUCACGUCUCUGCAUGCCUCGAAUGGUAGCAUUGGCAAGCCCAAGACUGCGUAA